AUGAAUCUUGUAGUUGGAGACGUUUUUAAAGAAAAUUUAAACUAUAAAAUAGUUUGCACAAAAGCAAUUCGUAUAGUUUCAUAUUUUUAUGGAUCAUCUUAUUUUACAGAAAAUUUAAAAAAUGAACAAAUACGCAUAUAUAAUAAAAUUAUAGCAUUAACAAUACCAGGAUAUACGUGUUGGAAUAGUUAUUAUUUUUGUUUUCAUGAAUUAUUAGAAUCACAAGCUGCAUUAAAGUGUUUGUCUGCUAAAUUUAAUCCACUAAAAUUAAAUAUGAUUUAUACAAACAAUAAAGUAGUUGAAUCUAAUCGAAGUUCUAAAG